GGUUUAAGAAUUAAUUUAAGGUUUGUUAAAUUGUUCAGAUCUUUACUCCAGCAUAAAAUGGAUCUGUACACCACAGAAAUAACAUCUUUAAUUGAAGAGCAGUAUGGGGAUGUUGGUCAGUUUAUGAAUAACUGUCUUCCUGGUUAUGAAUUAAACAGAGACUUCAAUGGAACCGAUAGUGAUAAAGGCACAGAAGAUGUCCUAGAUAAUGACUUUGUGAGUCAUUUAGAAGCACAUGAACAAAACCAAAGGGCAAAAGCACAAGGUAAUAAUGGUUUUGAGCACAGCAGUCAAGAAGAAUGUACAAGGAAUACUAAUUCUUCUACUAAUUCUGGUACACGUAGUAUACAAGUUAAGUCUGAAAUCAUUGAUGAUGACUCAGAUAGCAGUGAUUUUGAAGUCGAAAAUAGCAUUGAAAAUCAGUCACUGUCUGAAAAUUCGGACAACCCAGUUGCACCAUUUUCUGACAACCAAACUAAAAAAAACAUGUUUAUGUACAGUGGGAGUAGUGAUAAUGAAAUAAGUUCAGUCGAUAUAACUGACGAUUUGUUGACUAAACGUGGCAAAUCUACUCUGAAAAUGAAACUCCACAUUUGUAAAGAAUGUGGAAAAGUUUGUAGGUCACCAUGGAAACUAAUGACUCAUGUAAAAUCACAUAAUUAUAAAGACCAAUAUGAAUGUCCAGAAUGUGGAGUUUGUAAAAGUAGCAAGAAGGAAAUGAAAAACCAUUUCCGUCGCCAUGCCAACUUAAUUGCGCGGACAGAAAAAUCGUACAAAUGUGAUAUUUGUGAUGCUUCAUUUUAUUCACCUUCAAAAUUAAAAACACACAUGUGCAUGCACAAUGGAAUAAGACCUUACACUUGUGGUCUGUGUAAUAAAAGUUUUACCUGGAGUGGAGGCCUCAGGGACCAUCUCAAGAUACACACAGGAGAACGACCACAUACAUGUAAAUUUUGUUCGAAAACUUUCCCUGACACAUCGAAGUUAAAAAAUCAUCAAAGAAUACACACAGGUGAAAAGCCACAUGUGUGUACAAUUUGUGGUAAAGGUUUCAUUGAAAGUGGGAAAUUGAAACGACACAUGAGAACACAUACCGGCGAACAACCCUACAAGUGUGAUCUAUGUGAUAAAAGAUUUAACGUAAUUAGUAACCUAAACAAACACAUGACGAUCCAUAGCGGGGAAAAACCUUAUGUGUGUAAUAUAUGUGGGAGGGGAUUUUCUCAAAAUACAAAUCUUAAAAGUCAUUCUAGAAUACACACUGGGGAAAAAGAUCCGUACAAAUGUGAAGUAUGUGAUGUAAGAUUUGAACGAAUCAUUGAAGCUAAAAUGCAUGCUUGUUCAGGGCCCAGAAAUGUCAAUGCAAAAGCUAAAUUUAUUGUUCCCAAGAAGGAAGACAAUUUAGAACUACAUUCAAAGGGAGAUUACUCUGAUACAGAUGCAUCUGAAAAUGUAGGUAUUUCUGAAUUGAAGAAAAUCAGUAUGGGAGACAACUCUAGGAAUAAGAAAGAUGAAAAGACAGUUUUAUUAGGUAAUAGAUGUGUAACUAAGGGAAGUCAAUCCAGCAGCUUAUCAGAGCAAAGGUCAAAUGAUACCAUGACAAUAAACACAAGUAAAAGGAACAAAAAAGCAGAUGUGAUUGAAUGUUGUAAAGACAAAAAUGUUAAUACUGAAAAGAACCAUGGUGAAAAAGUUCUGGAUGACGUUGGUUUUAUGGUUGAGGUCGAAAAUCUAUUGAAAAAUAAUGGUAAAAUAAAUGAAAAAGAUUUGAACAGUGAUGGUCAAAAAUAUUUGACCAAUUCAGAAGUUUACAAGCCAAUUUUAGUCUUUCAAGAGUACCCUUGUCAACACUGUGGAAAGGUCUUCCAUGCUUUACGGAAAUCGAAAAUUCAUGAGAAAAUACAUUCGAGUCACCGUCCUUUUGUUUGCAAUUACUGCGGGAAAACUUUUAUUGAAAAUCGAAAAUUAUCAAUACAUUUGAGAAUACAUACUAACUAUAGACCAUUCCCUUGUACAAUGUGUGAUAAAAAGUUUACUGUUAAAAGCAGCUUAGAAAAGCACAUUAUAAUCUGUAGUGGCCAGAAACCAUACGAAUGUACAGUCUGUGGUCGGAGGUUUGCUCAGACUUCAAAUCUUAGCGGUCAUAUGAGAGUCCAUAAUGGCGAAUUAGAUCCAAAAAAAUGUGGUGUUUGCAGACAAAGAUUCAAACGUGUUAAAGAUGCAAAAAAUCACCCUUGUCCUGGGCCUCCAGAGGCAAAGGAAUUGACAGAAAGUGAACAUUCUAAGAAAAGACGAUACAACAAGAGAAAGAAUUUGAAAAGCAACACUUCAUCUGAUAAAAAAGUAAAAAAGAAAUCUACUACUGGAAAAUAUUCAACUAAAACGAAAAAAUCUAAAAGAAAACCAAAGUCAAUUUCUAAUAUAAAGGAGACUAACCUAUAUAUAGUGAAUUGUGAAGAAGUUCCAAUUUUUGCUAAUAAAAGCAAAAAUACUGAGGACUUCGAUAAUUUAGCUGAUGAAAUUCAAGAUAUUAGCAAUAAAACUACUGACAUUAUCAAUGAGUAUGAUGAAGUUCAAGAUUUUCCAAAUUUUCUUAAUGAAGUUCAAGAUUGUUCAAAUAAUGCAUUUAAAUAUAAUGAAGUUCAGGAUAUUAAUAUCAUGGAAAAUGUGCAUCAGACAAACUUUGGUUUUGAUUCCACAGAGGAAACAAACACUUUUGACAACUUAAAUAUUGUUAUAAAAACUGAAGUAAUAGAUACAAAUUAUGAGUAAUAAUUAAAAAAUAUGAUAAAUUUGUUUUUAUUAUAGGGUACAUUAAGUCUUAAUAUUGUAGUUUAAAGUUUAAUCUUGUGAACUAAACUGGGAAAAAUAAGUUUUAGUUUUUGAUUACUUACACUUGUGAUGUUAUACAUAUGUAUAUUAUUUAUAUAUUAUAAUUUUGAUUCAUAACAGUAUUACCUGCUUUUUGCAUGUUUUGAUAAGAAGAAUACUUACAUUUUGAAAUGAUUUAUGUACUAAAGUACAGCUAGUGGACAAAAGUUAUUCUUUCAAUAUUUUUCAGACUAUUUUUAUAAAUUUUCCUUAAACUCACAAAUAUUAUUUUUUUCUUAUGAUUAGUUUUCAUGAUUUUGUUUGAAUCUUACUUUUCAACAAUUCAUAAGAAUAAUAAAGUAGUAUCAUGAUUAUAGUGACAUCUGAUCAAAAUUUAAAAAAAAAUGAAAUUUAGGAAAUUGUUUCAUGGACAAUUUCUAUUUUGAGGGGGGGGGGGGGGGUAGGAACUUUAUCGGGACUCCGGUGUUGGGUGUUUUUAAGCUCAGGAUUUCGGGAUUGAUCCUUUCGGGAUCCGGCUAAUUCUUUUUUCGAAUUUCGGGAUGUCGGGAUUUAAAUUUUUUUUAAAUUCGGAACCUCGGGAUUCCAUGUUUUUAAGCCCGGGAUUUCGGGAUCAGGACCCCUCCAACCCCCCCCCCCCCCCUAUUUUGAAUCAAUCAGCAAAGUUCUGGAUUAAAUGGUGUUUUCUCUGAAAUUCAAACAAUAUUAUGAACAUGUUGACAAAUGGAAUCUUUUAUUAACAUAUAUGUUAAAUGAAAUAAAUGAAGGCUGAAAAUGCACUUAAAUGUGUACUUGUAUUCAAUAUGAAUAAUUACAUUGUAUUGAUUUAAACAUCAAAUCCUAUCUCCUUAAUAUAGUUUAUAUAUAUAUACGUACCUUGACCUAUAAUGGUUUACUUUUAUAAAUUGUUACUUGGAUGGAGAGUUGUCUCAUUGGCACUCAUACCACAUCUUCCUAUAUCUAUAUAUAAAAAUCUAUAUAAACAACCAACCACCAAAUUUGAUACUACACAAAUUUAUAUAGAAAUUUUUGUUUAUAAAAGUCUUAAAAUUUGUGCAAUGAUAAUGAUAUGAUAAACAAAGAAGAUGCAAGAUAGCUUUCAAGUUGUUUAUACAGUCACUGUAUAAAACUAAAAAGUAAGGCACUUUUAAUCAAAUUUGAUGGUUGGUGGUUAUUUAAAACAGAUAGCCUUAACAAUUAUAUGAAAUAAUUAAUUAAAAUUUUAUGCAUGACGAUUAU